CCUUGAUUAUAUAUAUAACUACUUCCAUUUGAAUUCCAAUCACAACACCAAUACAUCCAUUUCCCUCAUUCGCAUUCACCUCUCUUGAAAUUUCCCCCUUAGGAAAGAAUGAUCAAUCCGAGGAAACUCAUCAAGAUGGCAAGGAAGUGGCAGAAGUUAGCUGCCAUUAGGAGGAAGACAAUUUCAUUUCCAAGAGCCAAUAGUGAUGUGGAUACGGAGAGAUGUUGUACAUCAAUGGUGGCUGGUAAGGGAUAUUUUAUUGUCUCCACGAUUGAUCAAAAGCGCUUUGAAGUUCCCUUGGCAUACCUUAGCAAGGAGAUCUUCAGAGAGCUCCUAAAGAUGUCUGAAGAGGAAUUUGGACUGCCGUGUGAUGGUCCUAUCAGAGUACCAUGUGAUGCAUUGUUCAUGGAGUAUAUUAUCUCAUUGAUCCAGAGAGGACUGGCUAAGGAUCUAGAGAAAGCUUUGCUCAUGUCAGUUGCCACGAUUCGCUGCUCUUUAUCUUCCUUCCACUGCAAACAAACAUAUCAACAAUUACUUGUUUACUGAUUUAAACAGACUUUGGCUUUGUAUAUAAUCAACAGAAUUUUGGCAUAAUAGAUUUUGUAAAAAUUCCUUGAAUUUUGUAUACACUGUAACCCUUGUUCUGAUGGUGUCUUGAAAUCUGGAACCAGGAGGCCUUGUCAUUUCUAGAGCAGAACUUAUAGAUCCAACUUUUUUGGUUGCCCUUUUGGGUUAUAUUGUGAA